GCGACAUGGCCUAGGCCGGGGGGCGGCCUGCGCUCGGCCCGGCGGGCGGGGCGCGGGUCGGCGGCCAGGGCCAGGCUGGACCGGGUGGGGCGAGGCCGGGCCGGCCCGGCGGCUGGAGGAGGUGUGGGCCCCGAGCGGCCCGGCGGGGGAUGAGCCAUGGCUUCGGUGAAGGUGGCCGUGCGAGUGCGGCCCAUGAACCGCAGGGAAAAAGACCUAAAUGCAAAGUUUAUUAUUUCAAUGGAAAAAAAUAAAACAACAAUCACAAACUUAAAGGUGCCAGAGGGUGGUACUGGAGACACAGGACGAGAAAGAACCAAGACAUUUACUUAUGAUUUUUCCUAUUUCUCAGCAGACAGUAAAAGUCCCAGCUUUGUUUGUCAAGAAAUGGUUUUCAAAAAUCUUGGUACAGAUGUGCUUAAAUCUGCUUUUGAAGGUUAUAAUGCUUGUGUUUUUGCAUAUGGACAGACUGGAUCUGGGAAGUCCUACACCAUGAUGGGAAAUGCGGGUGACGCAGGUUUAAUACCUCGAAUUUGUGAAGGAUUAUUCAGCAAAAUCAGUGAAAAAACAAAGCGGAAUGAGGCAUCCUUUCGAACAGAAGUCAGUUAUCUGGAAAUUUAUAAUGAACGUGUGAGAGAUCUUCUCAGACGGAAGUCGUCAAAAACUACUAAUUUACGGAUACGAGAACAUCCAAAAGAAGGGCCAUAUGUUGAGGAUUUGUCUAAACAUUUAGUGCAGAAUUAUACUGAUGUAGAGGAACUUAUGGACGCAGGAAACAUAAAUAGAACGACGGCUGCAACUGGAAUGAAUGAUGUCAGUAGCAGGUCGCACGCCAUUUUCACAAUCAACUUCACUCAGGCUAAAUUUGAUUCUGAAAUGCCUUGUGAGACUGUUAGCAAGAUUCAUUUGGUAGAUCUUGCUGGAAGUGAGAGAGCAGAUGCCACUGGUGCCACAGGGGUUAGAUUAAAGGAAGGAGGGAAUAUUAACAAAUCUCUAGUUACUCUGGGAAAUGUCAUUUCUGCCUUAGCUGAUUUAUCUCAGGAUGCCACAAAUCCUCUUUCAAAGAAGAAACAAGUAUUUGUGCCUUACAGGGACUCUGUGUUGACUUGGCUGUUAAAAGAUAGCCUAGGAGGAAACUCUAAAACUAUAAUGAUUGCCACUAUUUCACCUGCUGAUGUCAAUUAUGGAGAAACUUUAAGUACACUUCGCUAUGCAAAUAGAGCCAAAAACAUCAUCAACAAGCCUACUAUUAAUGAGGAUCCUAACGUCAAACUGAUCCGUGAGCUGAGAGCUGAAAUAGCCCGAUUAAAAGCCCUGCUUGCUCAAGGGAAUCAGAUCGCACUCUUGGAUUCUCCAACAGCUUUAAGUAUGGAAGAAAAGCUUCAGCAGAAUGAAGCAAGGGUACAGGAACUGACCAAAGAGUGGACAAACAAGUGGAAUGAAACUCAAGAUAUUCUGAAAGAGCAAACCUUGGCUCUGAGGAAAGAAGGGAUAGGUGUUGUGUUGGAUUCUGAACUGCCUCAUCUCAUUGGCAUUGAUGAUGAUCUUCUCAGCACUGGUAUCAUCUUGUACCACUUGAAGGAGGGCCAAACAUAUGUCGGCAGAGAAGAUGCUAUGACAGAACAGGAUAUUGUUCUUCAUGGCCUUGAUUUGGAAAGCGAGCAUUGCAUCUUUGAAAAUCUCAACGGUACUGUGAAUCUAAUACCACUGAAUGGAGCGCAGUGUUCUGUCAACGGUAUUCAGGUUACAGAGGCCACACACCUAAACCAAGGUGCUGUUAUAUUACUUGGAAGAACCAAUAUGUUUCGCUUUAACCACCCCAAAGAAGCUGCCAAGCUAAGGGAAAAAAGAAAGAGCGGAUUGCUAUCUUCCUUCAGCUUGUCUAUGACAGAUCUUUCAAAAUCUUGUGAGAACCUGUCAGCGGUUAUGCUUUAUAACCCAGGGCUAGAAUUUGAGAGACAGCAACGAGAAGAACUUGAAAAAUUAGAAAGUAAAAGGAAACAAAUCGAAGAGAUGGAAGAAAAACAAAGAUCUGACAAAGCAGAACUUGUAAGAAUGCAGCAAGAAGUAGAGUCGCAGCGCAAAGAGACAGAAAUAGUACAGCUGCAAAUCCGAAAGCAGGAAGAGAGUCUGAAACGGAGAAGUGUUCACAUUGAGAGCAGGUUAAAGGAUUUGCUGGCUGAGAAAGAAAAAUUUGAAGAAGAGAGAUUACGGGAACAACAGGAGAUAGAGCUUCAAAAGAAAAAGCAUCAGGAAGAAAUUUUUGCCCGGGUCAAAGAGGAGUUGCAGCGACUACAAGAACUUAAUCAUAAUGAAAAAGCAGAGAAAAUGCAGAUUUUCCGUGAACUAGAAAAACUUAAAAAGGAAAAAGAUGAACAGUACAUUAAGCUGGAAUCAGAAAAAAAGAGACUUGAAGAACAAGAAAGGGAGCAGGUGAUGCUUGUGGCUCACCUAGAAGAGCAGCUUCGAGAGAAGCAGGUGAUGAUAGAGCUCCUGAAGAGAGGGGACGUACAAAGAGUUGAAGAAGAGAAAAGAGAUCUUGAAGAUAUUAGAGAAUCUCUUUUGAAAGUCAAGGAAGCCCGAUCUGAAGGUGAUGAAAACUGUGAAGAGUUAGAAAAAGCACAGCAUAAUUUCGUAGAGUUUAAAAGGAAACAGCUGGAACAGUUGACUAUUUUGGAAAAAGAUUUAGUUCAACAAAUGGAUCACCUGGAAAAGGAAAUAGUAGAUGAAAAAAGAGCUCUGGAACGCUUAAAAUUUGCGCAUGAAGAACACUUACAUCUCAAGAGAGAUGAUGAAAACUUUGUAGAGGCCGUACUCAAGGCUGAAGAAGUUGACAAGAUAAAGCCAGUGGAGUACAGGCUCCAAUCGAAAGUUCGCCAGCUUGAGUACCUGAAGAGUAAUCAUUUGCCAGUUCUGCUGGAAGAAAAACAUAGAGCUUCUGAAAUCCUUGAUAGAGGCUUGUUAGGGUUAGAUAACACUCUCUAUCAAAUAGAGAAAGAAAUAGAAGAAAAAGAAGAGCAGCUUGCCCAGUAUAGAGCUAGCACAAAUCAGCUGCAGCAGCUUCAAGAAACCUUUGAAUUCACAGCCAAUGUAGCUCGUCAGGAAGAAAAGGUUCGGAAAAAGGAAAAAGAAAUCCUUGAAUCAAGGGAAAAACAGCAGAGAGAGGCGCUGGAGCAAGCUGUUGCUAAACUAGAAAGGAGGCACUCUGCUUUGCAACGCCGUUCGACGAUAGACUUUGAAAUUGAAGAGCAGAAACAGAAGCUCGCCACCUUGAACAACAGCUGCAGCGAACAGGCCGGUCUGCAGGCUAGUCUGGAAGCUGAGCAGAAAGCCCUGGAGCAAGACCGAGAACGAUCUCUUUAUAGCCUGGACCAGGAAAUUCAGCAGCUGAAACAAAAAAUUUACGAGGGUGAUGGUGGUCAGAAAGGAAAUCACGGAACUUUGGAAGAGAGACUCUCCCAUACGGCUUCCCCUACCAGCCCAACAAAGCCCCAGCCACCCGCCGCUCCGCUGGUUGAUGAUAGGAUAAAUGCCUUUAUUGAGCAAGAAGUGCAGAGAAGGCUGCAGAAUAUUCAUCAUAAAGCUGAGGAGAAUGAUGUUAGCCUGUCCUGGUCUACCGAAAGUUUAAAGGAUAAUGAGAGGCUCAAUAAUGGCACUGUUCAACGCAAGCUGAAGUAUGAGAUUGGGCAUAGCUUUUUCCUUAUUCGAAAGAAAAGUCAACAGUGGCAGCCACCUGAUGGCUUUCCAUUUAUGUCUAAAGAUGGCAGUUGUGCUUCUGAGUUGUGUGGAGAAAAUGCAGAAGUAAGAGGCCAUAAAAGACAGAAGGAAUAUACAGAGAUGUGGGAAUUAUUUUCCAGUUCUGGAAGAAUCUCCUCUCCUUUUACAUCAGAGAAGGCACUUGAGAAUGAAAGGAGUAAUUCAGACCAGGAGAGCUUUGCUUGUCGUUGUGACAUUGAAAGUAGUUUAAUUCACUCCAAAAAUACUAAUACUUUAAAGAGUAAGAAUGUUCCUUUUCAGAAUGUUUUAUCUACUUCUUUACGAAGUCAUGACUUAAAUAACGUGGCUUAUUCACUCUGCAAGGUUAAAAAUUUCAAUCAUUUUGACAAUAAAAUAAUGACUUCUCAGGAUUGUGACAGCUCAAGAACUGAAUCUGAUUGUUCCCACUUGAAACAGCUGUCUCCUGUAGGAUCCUUAAUGGGUGCUAAUGAGCAGGAUGGCUUUAACAACACAUCGUGCCUUCUCUUUUCUCAGUCUAAUGUACAUUCUGAAAUAAUAACUUGUAAAGAAAAUAGCCCAUUUAACACACUGCACCCGACAAUCGAAGACCAGUCUAGUAAUUCUCAGCUUCCGACACAAAAAGCCUCUGGUCUGAUUUCUUUUAAGUCAAUAGCUUCUCAUUCUGAUGCGAGCCCAGAGCACACCUAUGGUUUGGGCUAUCUUUUCAGUAAGCUUUCCUGUCUUUACAAAGUUACCAGUAGUCAUCUGCCCAACACUAUGGUGUUUUCUAAACAAAUUAAGGAGCUGGGAAGUUUGUGUGAUGGAAACGAGAAAUACGCACAAGCGGUAUCAUUAAUAAAAAAUCUACCGUUUGUAAGAAACUUGCAAGUAAAUGUAUUCUUCAAGUCAGAUAUGAAUCAAGAUAUGACCCACCCUACCGAUGAUGCCAAAGCUCAUACUGAAAAUGUCAUUCAGCCUGAAUCCCCUGUGCAAGAGGCCAUCACGAUGUGUGUAAGCACAGGAAUCUCUGAUGCCUAUGCAAGAAAGCCCUCUGAAGGCUUUGCGUGCUGUUGUAAAAAAGAAGAGCUGGAAAACAAUCUUGUGUUAAGACAGAAAUUUGUGCACUUUCCUGAUAUCUUCUUGAAGCUUCAGCUCUGUUCUUUGGAAAGAGUGCUGGAAUUUUUGACCCGUGCCUUACCUCAAAUUUGUGUUAGAAUGGAGGAGUUGAAAGGUAUAUACUGGCUCGCUGUUGGCAAUUGCAAAAAACCUGAUCCACAACCUGCUUGCUUGCUGUUGUUCAGCUCCAUUCUGUAUGUCGUUGUUUCUUCAGUUGAACAAGAUGUCUGUCAGAGUUCCUUGGCAAUGUUUCAUGAGGUUCCCAUCGUCACUAUAAAGGAGAUUCAAGUCGGCUUUGCUGGACAGAAUAUUAGUCUUCUGUGUUCUGCUGAAGAUGGUUUACUCACAAUAUUUACCUAUAACAAGCACUUCACUCAAAGAAUUUGCCAUGAUAUAAUGAACAUUUUGAUUUCUACAACGGAUGAUGCUGUUUAUUUAAAUCACCAGCUCUUGAAAGAUGAUUUGAUGCAGAUUUCUCUUGACUGGACAUCAGAAGUAGAUGACUUAGUUUUAUCAAACGGAAUACGGUUGUCCUGUAAAUUUAGAACUGAAUUAGCUGAUCUGGUUUACUUACUCCAUGAAAAUAUGGGAGGUAUUAAACCUUCAUUAGGUGACACUCAUGUACUGCUGUAUACCUCGGUGAAAGUAGACUGUGCUAAGCAGACCGUGUAUAGAGCUCUUGUUCUUACAACUACUCAUAUAGGACUCUUAAGGGAGUGUAUUGUCUUUUAUCCUGCAACUUACUUUUUCGAUGCUUCGUGCCAACAAUUACAAUCUGACAGCCUCCAGUUGUACAGUUUGAAUGAUAUCCGAUGUGUAGUUUUGCCAGACAAAGAGAAUUUCACCCAAAUUGAGCUUGUGUUUUCUAGAAGGAGCAAGGUUGGGUCUGAUUCAGGAAUUGGUUUUUCAAAAUACUGUGAAAAAGGAAUAAAUACCCAGCUGACAGUCAUCCCAUCAAUUCUUCAAAGCAGUUUGCAUAUCCCUUCGGAAAUCUGGAAAUUAACAUUCAGUUCAAGUGAAGAAGCCAUUUGGCUAAUUAUGCAUCUGACUAGGUGUUGAAAUCCAAAUACGUUUAGAUACAUUCAAAAUAAGAGGCUAAUGAAUAUUGAUAAAAUGCUUUUUUUUUUUUUGCUUUAAUAUAUCAAUAAGCAAAGAGUCCUUUCAGCUCGUAAGGAAAUACCGUAGGGUGUGUACAGAUAUCUUAGCAAAAAUCAUUAUUACUUGAGUGCUUACUCUUUUUGAAUCUCUAAUAUCUACUUGGGAAGGUUAGGAAAUUAAAUGUUCCUAUUUUAUGUGGUAGGUGGAUCAAAACUGUAAUUACAGCUGUGUCUUCUGAUUUUCAUUUUGGCUGUUGUUUCUGGCUCCCUCCAUCUCCUAUCCAUCUUCAUUAAUGUCUUCUCCAUCCCUCCUUGAUUGCCUUUUUCUUAAUCUUUCUGAACAUCUUUGGUUUUCAUGCUUCUCAUCUGUUUCAUGCCCUUGAUCUCAAUAUUUCAAAACAUCUGCGAUAUUAUUAUUUUUUUUUUCUCUGAGCUGUAAGAUAUGUUUAGGUUCCUAAGGUACAUUCACUGUAUGCUCUUAAUACUAAGGGUGUUUAGCUUUUUAUAUUUACGAUUUUGGGAAGAGUAGCAUUGACAAUUCUCUUCUGCUUCCGAGUUUUACAUUGAGGAUUAUUGCACUCUCACAUUAAAGUUUGUCACACGUGCAAGAGGAGUUGUGUUUGCUUAUCCUAAGUUGUGUCGACCGAGGUAGUGGGGAUUGUUGGAUUUGCCAUAUUUCUUUUCUCAUGGGUUUACCCUCUGCCCAGAGCUAACAGAGUAUAGGCUACAUGGACAUAGUGCAACAGAAGAGGAAAAAUGCAGAGAACAUCCAAUACUCUUUAAAUUUCCCCCUCCCCUCCUUUUCUUGCAGAGAAGCGAGGCAAUACAUGGCUUUAAGUGAGUCCUAUUUAUUUUGUCAAAUAGUUAACUUGUACACCCCCACAACAGAACAAGUCUUUACAUCCCCUUGAUGUGAGUGUUUAAGGGAAAUGUGAUGUGAAAAUGAACCUGGUUAAAGGGUGUAAACAGGUGUUGGUUUUGCUUUGAAUAGCAUUUCGACCUUUGGUCAUGCUACUAUACCUGUGGUAAGAGAAGCGUUUCGGGGUUUAUGAUCUGCAGACAUGCAUUACCCAUUGUCAGGUAAUGGUAGGACUGGAGGGAAUGGAUUAGAACUAGAGAUGGGUCGAUUCAGGCUGGAUGUUAGAAGUUCUUCACCAUGAGGGUGGUGAGACACUGGAACAGGUUGCCCAGAGAGGUGGUGGAAGCCCCAUCCCUGGAAGUUUUUAAGGCCAGGCUGGUUGGGGCUCUGAGUAACCUGAUCUAGUGGGAGGUGUCCCUACCCAGGGCAGGGGUGUUGGAACUAGAUGAUCUUUAAGGUGCCUUCCAACCCUAACAAUUCUAUGAUUCUAUGAUUCUCGUGCUCUUAAAUGGAUAGUUAGCAACUGGGGGUACUGCCUGAAGGGUGGAGUAAGUUUAACUCUAAAGUUCUCUCCAUGUAAUGUGCCUGGCUUGACUUUCCUCCUCUUCUGCUUGCUUACUGAUGGGGUUGUUGAUGCUGUGAGGUUGCAUCUCUUGUAGUCUCUUAAUAUUAAAUUCCAAGAAAUAAUGGAACUAUUGAACAUUACUAAAAGACUUCCAUUAGUCAAAACUUCCCUUUAGCUUAGCACAAGGUUAUUCUUUACUUGUUACCCUGUCAGAUGUUCAAAUAAUAAGCCAUUGUCUCCCAUCUUUUGUUUCUUCCCUUGUAAGGGGGGCUAAAUACCUUUGAAUCCUGUUGCUCGAAUGUGCCAUCUGCCUUGUUUGAGGAAGAUGAUCUUUGGCAGAAAAGACAGUGAUAUCUAAUCUGAAAUUCUAAAUUCUGUAAGCAUAUUUGCAGUAGAGGUGCAAUCUUCUACUAGACGGAGUUAGACUUCAGUCUCUCUACUACUAUAAGAACAUUUCCCAUUUGUUCUUGCCAUAUGUUAAGGCCGGAUAAUGUAAUUCAUGUGGGAUUUAAAAAGAAAUAACUUGCAUUGGCUGGGGGAGUUGUGUCUGGAAGGAUGAAUGUUGGUUUGGAUGGAGAAUUAAGACGUUGGGUUUUUUAUAUCAUAACAAAACUUUCUACUUCCUUAAGGAGGUCCAAAGAUGAGGAAAAUGUGUUGUAUUCUUUUCAGAUAUGGUUUGUGUUUUUAAAAAAAAAAAAGUAUACACAACUAUCUCGCAGAACAUGGAGCAGACAGAGUAGUUAUGAGUUGGAGUGUAACCUCAUGUCAGUCCAGUUUAAGAGUGGCUUCCUCACGGGCAUCAGUCAGCCAUUUCGUACCAAAGUUAAUAUCGAGUGUCCCUAUCUGGGAGAACUGUCUUAAUAAAGGCUGUUAAGUGACAGCAAUUUCUGCAAAUAAUUCCUUUUUAGAUUGUACCCCAAAGUUAAAUGUUUGUGCCUGUUGUGUUCCAGAUAACAUGGUUUUCCUCCGUUGUGUUUGUUUUCAAAUCUAACUCAAUGAAUAUUCCGCAAUUUUAUGAAAAAAUGACUUCACAGCAAUAUCUUUUAUUCUACUGUAAAUGAAACAUAACAUAAUGAUCGAUGUUUAUGACUAUCAAAGCAUUAUUUAAUGUAUUAGGGUGUGUUUUUCAGAGUACUUUGUGUUUGAGAUUAUUUUCCUUUCUGACUAUUAGCUGUUUGUAAUAGAACUCUGAAAAUGACUGCCAAUAAAUUACGUGUUGACGGAGGUGGCUUUAAGAGUGACUUUAUGGUUUUAUUGGUGUUUUAAAAUAGAUGAUAUUGUUGUCAAGGCAAUGAACUCCUCUUUCCCCCAAGGAAAGAAUUGCUUACAUUUCUGUGCUCCAGAAAUGAGUUUUAGUUGAAAAGCCAGUAAGUUGAGGACAAGUGAAAGAAGGGCACUAUGGAGAGGAGAAAACCUUUGUUCUGCAAACAAAAGUCACUAAAAAUAUUUUUCCAUUCCAGUGCAAACUUUUUUUUUAUAUUUUGACUGAAAAAAG